AUGGACGAGGAACCUAGGAGUCUGCAGGCUCUCUUUACUUCCGCCAAGUCUCAAAAAAAGGCAUUGGAAACUGCUACCGACAUCAACGACCCCUCUAAUGGAGACCAGCUCAAUUCCACAAUUCAGGCGUUUGAAUCCUGCCAGAAACUAAUCCAUAAGCUCUCCAUAUUUAGCCCAAAUGAGCCUCUGGAAGACAUCGCCACCGCCGAUUUGCAGUACCUCUCCGUUGGCUACCUUUUCGCUGAACUGCUCCAACGAUCACAACAUGCAGAUCGCCUGAAGAAUGUUCAACGCACUCGUGAAGAGUAUGAAAGUUUUCUGGAGUUGCUGGAUCAGUAUGGAAUCCUAUCUCAAUCAUAUAAGAAGCUCUACGAACAAUACCUCGAAUCUCCGGACUCAUUCAGUCUUGCUCCGUCGAACGAUUUUGCUGCCCGACGACAAGUUAAAAUUGAUCGAUUUCGCGAAGAAAAGGAGUUAAAACAGAAAAUUGAGUAUCUCUCCCAAAAUCAGAAGUCGAUAGACCACGAUGAUGAGAUUGUGAGACAGCUAUAUCUAGCAGAAAUAAACCUCUACACACACCACACCUUUCAAUCUUUGGACAUGCUGUCGCACGAACUAUCUAUGCUGAAACUUGCGGCAAAAGCUGCCUCAGAGCAUCCAUCCCAAACCCCGGAGGACUCAAGGACACGUGGUACAAGCAGCGCUCCAGGCUAUUCGGAGCGACUCGAUGUUGGCCUUUCUUCGGGUAGUCGUGGAGGAAGAGGCCCUCUUCUUAGCAAGGGUGGUGUUCCCCUUCAACCUUUCGUCCUAACGAGUCGAAGGGCAGAACUUCAGAGAGGAGUUUUUCGGCCUGGUCACAAUUUGCCGACAAUGACAAUAGAGGAAUACUUGGAAGAAGAGCGAAAGAGAGGAGGAAUUAUCGAAGGUGGGGGUGAACAAUCUGGCGCGCCGAAAGAAAUUGACGAAGAUGACAUGAAGAAGGCCGACGAAGAAACGAUGAAGGCACGAGCGUGGGAUGAAUUCAAAGAGGAAAACCCAAGAGGUUCCGGCAACACCUUAAACAGAGGCUAA